UUACGGGGCGGGGACGCGGUGUCGCGCUCGGCGGCUCGUGGAGGAGUCGGAGCUCGGACGUGCGGGCUCGGGAGGGAGGCGACCCCCGGCCCCGGAUUGGCGACCCGGAGCUCGGGACUGGGGGAGAAAUCUCCGGCAGGACAGAGACCCUUCCGAGCUGAGGGCGCCAUGGCUACAUCAGCCCCACUGCGGAGCCUGGAAGAGGAAGUGACCUGCUCCAUCUGCCUUGAUUACCUGCGGGACCCCGUGACCAUCGACUGUGGCCACGUCUUCUGUCGCAACUGCACCACUGAUGUCCGCCCCAACUCUGGGGGCCGCCCCGUCUGCCCACUCUGCAAAAAGCCCUUUAAGAAGGAGAACAUCCGGCCUGUAUGGCAGCUGGCGAGCCUGGUGGAGAAUAUCGAGCGGCUGAAGGUGGACAAGGGCCGGCAGCCAGGAGAGGGAGCCCAGGAGCAGCAGGACACAAGGUUGUGUGAGCGGCACCAGGAGAAGCUGCACUACUACUGUGAGGAUGACGGCAAGCUGCUGUGUGUGAUGUGCCGUGAGUCCCGGGAGCACCGGCCCCACACGGCUGUCCUCGUGGAGAAGGCCGCCCUGCCCCACAGGGAGAAAAUCCUGAACCACCUGAGUACCCUAAGGAGAGACAGAGACAAAAUUCAGGGCUUUCAGGCCAAGGGAGAAGCUGACAUCCUAGCUGCGUUGAAGAAGCUGCAGGACCAGAGGCAGUACAUCGUUUCGGCAUUUAAGCAGGGCCAGCAGUUUCUGAAGGAGCGGGAACAGCACCUGCUGGACCAGCUGACGAAGCUGGAGCAGGAGCUCCUGGACGGCCGGGAGAAGUACAAGAGCCGGGGCGUUGGGGAGCUCACGCGGCUGGCGCUGGUCAUCUCGGAGCUGGAAGGCAAGGCACGGCAGCCUGCAGCAGAGCUCAUGCUGGACACCAGAGACUUCCUGAACAGGUAUCCACGCAAGAAGUUCUGGAUCGGGAAACCCAUUGCCAGGGUGGUUAAGAAGAGGACUGGCGAAUUCUCAGAUAAGCUCCAAUCUCUGCAGCGAGGCCUGAGAGAAUUCCAAGGGAAACUGCUGAGAGACUUGGAGUAUAAGACAGUGAGCGUCACCCUGGAUCCGCAGUCGGCCAGUGGGUACCUGCAGUUGUCAGAGGACUGGAAGUGUGUGACCUACAGCAGCCUGUACCAGGGUGCCUACCUGCACCCGCAGCAGUUUGACUGUGAGCCUGGGGUGCUCGGCAGCAAGGGCUUCACUUGGGGCAAGGUUUACUGGGAAGUUGAGGUGGAGAGAGAGGGCUGGUCUGAGGAAGAAGAGGAGGGUGACGAGGAAGAAGAAGGAGAAGAAGAGGAGGAGGAAGAGGAGGCUGGCUAUGGGGAUGGCUAUGACGACUGGGAAACCGAUGAGGACGAAGAAUCCCUGGGAGAGGAAGAAGAGGAGGAGGAGGAUGACGACGAGGAAGUUCUGGAGAGCUGCAUGGUGGGAGUGGCCAGAGACUCUGUGAAGAGAAAGGGAGACCUCUCGUUGCGCCCUGAGGACGGGGUGUGGGCGCUGCGCCUCUCCUCCUCCGGCAUCUGGGCCAACACAAGUCCCGAGGCUGAGCUGUUCCCCGCACUGCGACCCCGAAGAGUGGGCAUUGCCUUGGAUUAUGAAGGGGGCACCGUGACUUUCACCAAUGCUGAGUCACAGGAACUCAUCUAUACCUUUACUGCCACCUUCACCCGCCGCCUGGUCCCUUUCCUGUGGCUCAAGUGGCCAGGAACACGCCUCCUUCUGAGACCUUGAGUCUUGAGGCCUGCCUGGCCCUGACUGCAUCCACAGCUGCUUCACUUCUCUGAGAUUCCUGAAUUCUUGAAUUCGGAGCACCUGGAGCAGGGGAGGGGGCCACUGUGUCUGCACUCCCUCCCCCCACCUGUCUCGGGUCAUGGCCUCAUGAGGCCUCACUGAGUGGUUCUUCUUCCUCCUCCUGCUGGUUCUCUGUGGGCCCUUCUGGUCCUGGAGUCUGUGAGGACCCUCCCUCCCCACAGACCUUUCUUCUGUUAUAGCUUUGUGCUCUCUGCUGACAACAGAUCUGAGGCAGCCCCUGCCCAGGACGGUGUCCUCUGCCAGCUGUGUUGGUGAGACCAGUCUGAGAGCACCUCGCUGCUUUAAGUCCCCCUGGGUUCCCCUGCUCAAAUCCAGUCAGUGCCCACCUACCCUGGAAUUAUAAGCUGAUCCACCGCCACCUGGAGGUGAACUUACAGGAAUAUGCUGGAAGUCAACAGGAUGGGCAUUUCCAGAGGCUCCCCUGUCCCGGCAGGUCUGCCCCCACAAGCUCUGGUCGCUGGCAUUGCCUUGUGAGGUCCAGAGCAGAGCCCAGGCUGCUCCAAAACCAGGGCUGAGCCAACGAGGCUUCUGUAGUAUGGUUGUGGGGCUCCCUGAAAGGGAGACAUGUGCCCACGAGUGGAUAGCUGUUACCCAUGGCCAAAAAUUCCCUCCGCUUGGGUCUUUGUGAGGUGAGAUUUUAAAAGAAUGCAGGAUCGCAGGGACACAUGUUCCUGCUGUUGAUCAGUGCAUCUGAACAAGCCGGAUCUGCAGGGUGACCCCCUCUAACCAUACUCUGCAGGGACUGGUGAGCUGGCCCCCGGCCUUCCUCAGCAUUCAAGCUCCUCUUCCUGGGGAGGGAGAGGAAAGGGAUGGGAGCCCACCAGGUCCUCACUAACCAUGUGCCCUAGCCAACUCCCAACCUUUGUGCAGGCACUCCUGGUGUCCAUAGUUUAACACAGGCCCCCUGUUCUAGCAGAGAUGGUGUCCUUGUCUGUCCUUGCCUACUCCAAGUGCUCUGCCAGUCCCCUGCUUAUCCAGGUUUUUAAUUCCUAUGCCCUGCUCUGAGAGACGGCUCCCCUCUUCUGUGGUCCCGUGGCCACUGCGUUGUCGGAGUUGCCCACUUUGUACAUAUCACAUGCUGCCUGAGUUACUUGUACAUCUUACUUUUGCCUCUAGUUUUGUAAGCUCCUGGAGGGUGGAUACCCCCUCUUAGAUUUCUCUUGUAUUCACAGCACCUCAUGCAGUGCUAGGCACAGAGUAGGUGCUCAAUAAAGAUUUAUUGAACG